AUGUUCGGGCUAAGGUUGGCUUUAGGAGCGUGCCUCUUCGGCAUCUGUGCAGCCCACGUUAGGUUAACUUUCCCUCCUGCGAGGACCUAUGCUCUGGACUUUCUGGAUAAUGUCCGUACCACUGGACCAUGCGGCAUGGAGUCAAGUGAAGAUGGUCUAGUGACGACCUUUGCCCCUGGUGACGUCAUCAAUGUAACCUGGCAUCUGGCCUACGCUCAUAGGGGUGGUUAUCGAAUCGAGAUCAUCAACCGAAACGAUGGGGUAAUCCAGGCCAACUUGACAGAGGGCGCGUAUGUCAGUGACAACGACACCACUGCUUGGAGCCACGAGGUCACCAUACCCACCAUGACUGGGGCCUACACCCUUCGUCUCAUUCGACAGGCAGCCGAAUGGGUGACCGGAAAUCCUGAUAUACCGUACCUCUUCCGGAGCUGCGCAGACAUUAAUAUUACCACAUCUGCUACUUGCAACGGUGGGGAAUGUUCAGGACAUGGAACGUGUAUGAACGGCAUGUGCAUGUGUGAUGCCCUCUACUCCGGCGAGUUCUGUCAAUAUGAAGAUGAGUGCGUCAACGAAGAUAACUGUGGAGGUUCAAGCCGGGGAGAGUGCGUUGACCUUGGUAUCACCACCCAUCCCAGGAGGCAGUGUUUCUGCAAGCAGGGAUACUUCGGCAAAGACUGCAUGAAUAUGAAUCCAUCGGGUUUCGCCAAUCCAGCGACCUAUGACCUGUCGAAUCACUUCCGCCGAGAUGUAAACCCGAGAUAUACCUUGUACUACAAAGUGAUUGAGAAUGAUGAGAUUGAAAUUGCUAUCGAUGCCAUGAGUACCACUUGGGUAGGUUUCGGAUGGAGACCACAAAACAUUAAUAGUAGCUGCCAAAACUGGCCAGUCCAUUACACCACCGGAGGCGCGGUGGGUGAACCCGAAUCAGAGUCCGAAGCGGAAGCAGAAGCAACACCAGAACCUGCGUUGGGAAGACGGCGACGUCAAGCCUCGGACGAGGUCAGGGUUCGAGUGGUCCGUGACAACCACGAAGACGACGAUGACCAAGCUUGGCAAUGCAUCGUCGGGCAAGGCCCCGUGCCCGAAGGCGAGCCCGAAGGCGAACCCGAAGGAACCUCCGAGCCAGCAGCGGAAGGCACCCCCGAACCCGAAGGCGAAGCGACCCCAGAACCAGCUGCUGAGGGUACCGCAGAACCCGAACCGGAAGGAGAACCAGAGGGAGAACCGGAAGGAGAACCCGAACCAGGAAGUCGUCUGCAUCCUAUGGACUGCAUGGAUAUCACUAUUGGUAUGGUAACCCAUGACAACCUAACCCGUAUCCAUGACUACUACACACGUGACCGCUCAACGCCCCGCCUUGAUUCUUUCUACGGGGGUAUGGACAGCUUGGUGGCUGCUAUGGGUGUCCAGUGGAGUAAUGGUUGGACUCGAAUUAUCUUCAGGAAGAAGCUUGAGGCGACUGAAUUGACUGACCAUUCCAUCGCCAACAAUGCUCCGAUGAUGACCAUUUGGGCUCGAGGACAGGAAUUCGGUCGCUAUGUCCACGUUCCUCCCAGUGGUAUAGAGUUUUGUCAGACCAAUGACUACAUGUUCUACCGCAGGGAUGAACUCAAGUACCACGGUACAGGCCAAGACCAGCGCGGUCUCAUCCCAAGCCUCAAUUUCUACAUGGAUCCGGACGCUGUUUCUGAUAGAUGCGUCAAUGAAGAAGUGGUGAUGGGAUCGAACUGCCAGGGAAGCGGGCCUCGAUGUGACAUGAGGGUCACUAUCGAGUUUAUCGCAGACACCGACAGUUAUGACGUCACAAUCAACACACCGUUACAGGCGAACCAGUGGACAGGGAUCGGCUUCUCGAGUAACGGUGAUAUGAUUGGAUCUGAUGCUAUCCUCGUCUGGGUGGAUGACAGUAGCAUGGUGCAGAUAAAAGACUACCAACUCGAUGGUAAAAGUGCGUCAGCCGUGGUUGAAGAUAGCGAUAGCAGUGGCUUGACUAUCGAUAGGGACAUGACUUCCUACGUCAACGGAAUUCUUAAUGCCAAGUUCAACCGCCUUCGAAAUACAGGCGACAGCAACGAUUUCCGAUUCACUGACAAAGAUAAUGGUUGUGCCAGACUUCUGUUACCAGUCCCAGGUGAUGGUUUUGGUGUUGUGAAUGAUGGUGGCAUGCCACAAUACCAUGGACGCACACCCAUGGUAACAGCCAAAACGUGCAUCAAGGCUUGCAAUGCUGGAAUCCGUCUUGUAUCAUCUAACUUAUCUCUUCUUCUAACCGUGUUCGUCGUUCUCCACAUAUUCCUCUCCAAACUCUUCUAAUUCAAUCAAACCUUUAACUUUCACCAUCAUAACUUAUCUUUCAUUCCAACUCCAUCUUCGCCAACGGUAGGAGACGGAGGUGGAUCCGCUACAAGCCUAAAACCUCUUUUAUCAUUGACCUUUUGCCUGGUGACAAUAGCCUCAAUUCUCUUUAUUUCGCGCUAAAAUCUCGAGAAAGAGAACUUCAGGCAAUUUUCAAAUUUAUUAGAUUUUUCACUUUAUCACUUUCAAAUUAACUUCAUCACUUUCAAAUUAAAGGAUGAUUUAGUAAUAUACAAUAAAUUGUGGUAAAUAACGAAAAUGAUUUAGAUGAUUUUUUUUAAAGGAAUGUGUAAGCAUAUGUUUUUUUUCUUAUAUUUGACAACAUAUUUCCUUUUGUUAUUUUGUAUUUCAGUAAUUGCGAAAUCAUUUUAUCCACGCUUUUAAAAUCAGCUUAUGCUGCAAGGUCUAAAAUCGAAUAAUGUAAUUUCCAUAUUAGUUUUUUUUCCGUUGGGCGAAAUCAAUUUUGUUAACGUUUGAGAACGUCUAACGACAAUUGUGCCAAAUAUUAUUUGGUACAAUUCAUAUUUUGUGUUGGUACAAUUCAUAUUUUGUGUAGUUUCCAUUUUGUAAUGAGCCCAAGACAGUUGGACCGAAUGGGAUUAGCCGAAUCGGAUAUUACGCGAAUUGGUGUUUUGGCUGAGUGUAAAUUAUAAACAAAUUGCUUUGUACAAAUUUAAUUUAAGCGGCGUGGAACUCAUUGUAACUUUUACCCAGACCUAGUGGUGUCUAGAUUCCGAAUCUUAACAUGACAAAGGCGAACUUAAAAUAUUGAUAUUUCUUGUAUAGCACUCGUUCAUUUGUGUGUAAUUUCAAUACAUAUUUAUUGAUCAAAUGA